GCGUUAGCUUUAUUAUUCUAUGGUCGAGGUAGACGGUGCAGUUGGUGAGAGCAAUGCACUUUCGUAGUUCUUGCUUGCUAUUUAUUUGUCGAGUUGUGUGACAAGUGUAUUAUCUUUUCCGUCUGAUAUUGAGAAGUUCUGGUAACUUUCGGUAAUUAGUGGACAAUGUGACUUUUCGUGACACUGUCUCCCCGCAUUCGUUAGAUCUGAAGGGAAAUGGCUCCACGACGCUCCACUUUUGCUUUGGAAUCUCCACCCAAGAAAAAGGGAGCUAGCAAUGAUUCAGAAGUUGAAGAGUUUUUACAAGAAGGAGAAGUUUUAACAGAUAUCACCAAAAAUAAAUGGAAACUAGGCAAAUCAAUUGGAGCUGGAGGUUUUGGAAAAAUAUAUCUCGCAUCACAAAAUCUUUAUGGUCCUGUUGACAGUAAUGCAAAAUAUGUGAUCAAAGUGGAACCUCACAAAAAUGGGCCACUAUUUGUUGAGAUGAAUUUCUACCUUAGAGUUGCGAAACUGGAUAUGAUUGAUAAUUGGGUGGCAAGACAUGAGUUGAAAAAUCUAGGUAUUCCCUACUACGUUGGUUGUGGCUCACACACAUCUAAUGGCAAACGGUAUAGGUUCCUCAUCAUGCCUAGGUUUGGCACCAACCUGCACAACGUCUUUUGUAAGACUGGUCAGUGUUUCACUCCGAAGACAUCUUUCACGCUGGCUUCAUACAUCAUUGAUAUUUUAGAAUAUAUUCAUUCAUACGGUUAUGUACAUAGUGAUAUCAAGGGCUCGAAUUUGGUCAUUGGUCGUGACAAUCAGGCCCCUAUUUAUUUGUUAGACUUUGGACUCUCCGCAAAAUAUCUUGAUUCUCAUGGGAAUCACAAACCGUAUCUGAGCGAUGCAAGGAUUGCCCACAAUGGAACUUUAGAAUUUACAUCACGUGAUGCUCAUACUGGAGCACAUUCUCGAAGAGGAGAUCUAGAAAUACUUGCAUAUGUCUUGAUUAAGUGGCUUUGUGGUAAGCUACCAUGGGAGGACAAACUGUCUGAUCCGGAAGAAGUAGCAUCCAUGAAAAACAGUGCAAUGGCUAACAUUCCGCGAUUUUUAUCGCUGUGCUUUGAAGACUCCAAGCCUCCCUCGGCGCUCGUUGAGUAUGUUAAGUAUGUUGUCAGCAUGAGUUUUGAUGCAAAACCAAAUUACAAGUACUGCAAACGAAUUUUCAAGAAAGGUGUGCAAGAUGUAGGAUCGGUUUUCGAUGGCAAAUUAAGUUUUGAGUGUCAGAUGCAAGGCAACAGUGAAGCGGAAAAUAUUCCAGUGAAGAAAAAGAAGAAGCUCAUUAGACCAGAUCUGAAACCACUGACUGCCCGCCAGCUCCUUAACUCGCAAAAUAUUAAUAGGAUUACUAGGACUGUCAAAAAUAAGCUGGCCCGCACAAGGCACCGGAAGGCACAGCUUGGAGACCAUGAGGAUUUUGAUUGGGCCAAAAUAAUAGCCAGUAAUCCAGAGAAAAAGACAUCACACACACCGCCCAAGAAAACAAGACUGUCUAGCAUUUCACUCAGCUCUACUGUUCCUGACCCAUCUGCUAAGGUCCAACCUCCAGCCUCAGUAUUAAUCAAACGAAUCGAGGAGUCUCCCGAGUUUCAAAAUCCAACCCCAGCAAUGAGGUUUCAGAUCGACAGGAUGAAGCAAAGACUCUACGAGAUACCUCAUCAGUGUGCACCGAACAAAAGAACUAAGAAUGAAAGUAACCACCACAAUGGUACAGCAGAGGCUGGAAAAAGCUCCUCGGGAUACGUGAAUGGAGUCAAUGGGAAAUUGAAAUCAUCAUUGGAGAGGAAUUGCUCCCUGCGCAGCAAAAAAAUUAAAUCCAGUAAUGUUCCCGCCAAAAAAGAUAAAGAUACUCCCACCGCUCCGAUUACAACCAAGAGGAAAUUAUCAUUCGACUCAAGGACUCAUUCUUCCAGGAAUCGCAAACGGUUGAGGAGCUCUAAUGUUUCCCUUGUUUAAUCGUGCUGUAGGGAGCCGAUCAUUCUCAAAUAUUUCUAAUUUUCGUAAUUCUCAUCAUGUUAAUGCAUCAUUUCAGUUCUGCCAUAGCCAGUUCUGGAGCCCAUCGGCUCUUCUAUUAAUACUUUUUGCAAUCUCCAUCAUAUUAAUAGUUAUAUAUGGACUACAUUUUGCAAUUAGGAACUAUAAAUUCUAGCCCGGUUUAAAAACAACGUAUGUGCCAUUAGUUUCCCUAUGCACACAAGUGUUUUUUCAGAUGAACCAGAAUUUAAAGUUCCAAAUUGCAAAAUGCAGUCCAUAUAACCAGGAAUGUGAAUCAGCUCCUUCAAUUAUUGUUUCACAACUUUAACUUUGCCUGAAAAAUCAUGGUAUAUAUAUUUAAAACUCAACUUCUAUUUCGUUCUUUAUCUUGGCUGUCUCAUAGCAAAAGAUUCAAGAUUUAGAAGUUUUGAGAUGUUGUUAAUCCACUUUUAAAAGGCAUUUCAGUGCACUCCUUUUCUCCGGUGCUCUUGCUAGUAACGCUUCAAGGGCGUUGAUAUAAAAAAUAGGCAAGUUUUAUACUAGACUCAUGCAAAAAGCACAGUUUAAAAAUGGAAAAAUUAAUGGUAAGCAUACUGUAAAUCUCUGUGAUCAUAAGGCCGAUUAUUAUUUUGCCACUCUGUCAUUGAUCAUCAAAAUGAUCGAUCUAACUCUGUUCGCAAAGCCAAUGUAACCGCCCAAUUUAAGCUGUUAUCUUAUGUAUUUUUGUCUGUUUAAUUCCCCGUGCUUUAAAUGUUUGACUCGCAGACCUAUUUCCUUCAUUUCCUUGUAAACUUAGCGCUUCGCACUAUUCUCUGUUUUGCGCCACAAUCAUUUCAAAUUCAAAUGAUUCAACCGUUUUUCUGCACCUCAACUAUCACACCACUUACACAAUAGGGUGUUUAGUAAACUUUCAAUCGACACCUGUGGCUGUAUCCAAGAAACACUCUCGAAGUACACUCUGUAGGGCCAGCCAGGAGGUAGCUGCAAUGACUAGAGAAUAUUUGAUGAUGGUUUUCAGCCACUAGAAUCACAAUGUGUUUUCAUAGUGUCACUGAAAGUAAUACGCUCAUCUUAGUCAUUUAUAUGUUAAAAAAUACCACAGAAAUAAUUUAUUCAUUAAAUAAAUUCAUUCAGUUACUAGUAUACGGCUAUUGCAAUUGAUAUCCAGUUCACCAUUUCUUUAAUCAUGUAACAAUAAGGCUCAUCACAAAAAUUAUGUUCUUUUUGAUGCUAACAGUCCUCAAGAGAUAGUGCCAUGGCCCUUCAAAGGAACCGGUUGAAUUCUAUUGUGUUUGUUGUGAAGAGCGUACCACUAAGAGCAUCAUCAUUUGUCGUUAUUAAUCGUUCUGUCAGAAUUAGUAAAAACACUAUCGGAACAUUAUAACAAACAUUAAAAUUUUUUUACGAAAUAACCUAUUCAAAGAUUUAAAUGGGCACUAGCCAAAGUACAUAUUUAAGUGUCCUGAUAUGUUUUGCUGUCUGAAAGUUUCAAGUAGAACAUGGCUUGCCCAAUAAAUAUUACUAAAAUCAAUUUCUAACGAGAAAAACCAAAGUCCACGUUAAUCAAAUGGUCGACUAGCCUUCCAUUGACGUUAGUGAUGGUUUGCUCAAAAGACCUUCUUUGGUUCAGACUUGUUUCAAAAAUGUAAAUGAAAUUGAGUACUGAUCAAUUGAUGGCAAAAUUAAGUUGCUCUUUGUGGAGGCUCUUCAGAACUUUUCAACUGUCCUUACUACUUAACUAUCAGUUAAGAUGCAGUUAAAAUCAUUGUUCCUAUUCAGAAUAUGUUAAUAAUUGUAACUUUGUUUCUCUUUUUCCCCUUUUUUUUGUAUAGUCUCGUUUAAAUUAUUCGCAUGAAUCCUCGUUUUUGUAAAUAGUUAAUAAGCUUCUAAAGCUUUACUCUACGUUUAAUUACUAUCAAGUCUCUUCUGAAGUCCUAGGAAACUUUGUAAACAAAUUGUUAUUUCAUAUUUUUUGUUAGAAUUGAAUUUAUCGGUUACAUAUUUAUUUCUCGGAUAAGACCUUUUAAGGGUUAUCAUUCCCUGAAAGAAAGGGUGAUCCUUUUUUUCAUAUCUGUUGAAUCUAUCGAGCAUUGACCUUAUUCAUGUGGUUAUUAGGAAAGAAAAAAUCAUCUGUAAAGACUAUGGUUUUAUAGUUUUAUCAUUUCAGUAUUUUCAUCUGGUCGUAUUAAUACUUGUUCAAUUGUUCACUUUGAACUGUCAAAGCAACUGACCAAUUAUUGUGUGUCCUUUGCUCUGCUUCAAAUGCUGAUAUUCAGGGUAACGAUGCUGCCAUGAGCAAAAGACGUCAGGUUAACAAUUGCACAAACACUCAGAAGAAAAUAAUUGUCGCCUCACCAGAUGCAAAAUGUAACAUUGUACUGAAAGAACUUAUUUUUCACGUUUGUUCAUCAAAUCCCAUCUAUUGUGAAAUUCAUGUAUUACAAAGAUUUUUAGUUAGAGGAAGGUUGGUGUUCACCUCAUUCAUUUUUGUAGUUUCUUUCCUGCAGCUACUAACUGCUUCAUUAAAUCUUUACGUUUGUGAGUUUGGGUAAUUAGUGAGUGUAAACAUCUUUUAAAUUAGUCCCUUUGAAUUGCUUCAGAAGCACUAAACUUCAUAUCCAAGUCUGUCGCAUUAUCAGCAAGUUAAAUAUUUUAAUUUAACCAAGAGUUUUCACUUCUUUUAAUACUAAUAUAUCUGCCGUGAUAACGAAGAGAGCAGUAAGUGCACGAUGAACCUCGAGACACAUAAAAGCAUGUCCUAACCGUGGCUCAUACAGAAGUGCGCUUGCUGCUCUCUUCGCUAUCACGGCAGAUAUGUUCUCUGACUGGAGAAUUAUUCUUUUCCUUGUGUCGAAGAGUCAUGCUGCUGAAUAGUCCAAGACCAUGUUUACGAAAGGAAAUUUCCUAAUGCUAACAAUGACAGUAGGAUAACAUGUGAUUAAAAACUAUUGACUGAAAAAGAAUCUCUCAAUGUAAUAUUGUCUGAUUCGACUUAGAUAAUUUCUUCUAUUUCAGUGUGUAAUCUAGGUAGGCUUAUAAAAAUUGUAAAAUUAACUUAACACGAACCACUCUUUCGUUUUUUCAAGUUGGAACUGUUGGCAGCUUUCAAAGCUCCUAGGUUCUUUGCAACUUUUCCUGUCAAUUGACCAUCAAAUUGUCAAAAAUAAUGGGGCUAUCUCUGUUUUCAAUCUAAUUGGUAAAAUCAGCAAAGCGCCAUCACUUUAGCAGUUUUUAUCAGAUUGUGCCAGCUUCUCAUUAUUUCGCAAGAAUCCAUAGAGAGCACCCUCACUACAUUUGGAAGUAUUUAUGGUAAAAGGAACUAUGUACAUUGGGUUUGCAUGCAACAUAGUUCUUUUUAUGAUAAAUACGUCAGUCAUGACAGAGUGGUUCUGUUGCAUCAAAAUUAGAUCAAUAUUUUUUCGAAAUCGAAACUGCUCCCCUAGCUUCGGUUAUGUACUGGGAAAUUGGUUAAAAAUCCACCCCAAAUUUUUUCCUCUCCUUGUUUAUGUUUUUUGAAGGCUGUGCAAUUUUACUUUACGUUGUAUCAAAAGCAAGGUUGUAAAUAAAUUGUGAAAGACAUAGUUUCGGCUCUAGCAAGUCAGUCUUCAAGCAAUUAUCUUCUCUUUACUUUAACGAUUUAGUAGGUUUUAGAAUCUUCGUCUCUAUGUUAUGUUUAACAGCUCGCAUUCAGUAAAUUAUUUAUAGUUAGAGUUACUCAUAUGAUUAAUUGAUAAAUAAUUUGAUAAGCUAGAAACAUUAAUACGAUAUGUAACUUCCUGCGCUAGCUAAGUCUUACUAACACCAGUUACAACCAUUCAGUAGUCAUUCGUUUUUUCUUUUAAGUUUUUCCCCCAUCAAAACACUAAAUAUGCGAUAAAUCCCAUUCAUUACCUACAUCGAAUUGGAAUCUGACUGUUCUUGUGAAUUUUAUUUAAACUAUUUUAAAUUUUUGUACUUAAGGGUCUAUUGUAGCCUGUUAUAUUCAAUUCCUCUCUAGUUGAUAAAUUUUUUAAUAAAUUUUUUAAUUGCCUCGAAAAA